CCCCUCCCGUCUCCGCGGCUCUGGGAAUGUAGGACUGAGAUUUCCUGUGUCCGGGCUGAGUGUGCGGACCGCGGGGAGAGCGGCGGAGUGACCGGCCCCGGCUUACAUCUUACACGGGCUGGCGGUGAGCUCGGCGCUGUACGCUGCUGAGCAGACGGGAUACUGUGGGUCUCCAGCGCCGGGAGGAGGAGGGGGAGAUGCAGCAUCUCUGGGGAAUCCCUUAGCGGAAAAAGUAUUGACUUCAGCCUCUGGAAAUUGAACCGUACAGGAUUACCUUCUGUGUGGGAAUUGCUCAACACGUUAUUUUCUCUGGGAUAACCUUACUUGUUUUCAGCUCCCUUUUAACCUUUGAUGAGGUUUAUCUUCUUGGCUGGGCAUCAUGGCAUCGAGUUUGACAUGUACCGGGGUGAUCUGGGCACUGCUGUCCUUCUUGUGUGCUGGAGCGUCUUGCGUGGGCUUUUUCAUGCCAUAUUGGCUUUUGGGCUCUCAGUUGGAUAAGCCGGUGUCAUUUGGUACUUUCCGGAGAUGUUCUUACCCUGUGCGAGAUGAGAGCCUGCAGACCACGGUCAUGGUGGAACAGUGCGGACGCUAUGCCUCCUUCCAAGCCAUUCCAAGCCCUGAGUGGCGAAUCUGUACAGUGGUUACUGGACUUGGAUGUGGUCUUCUUCUUCUGGUGGCAUUGACCACUAUCAUGGGAUGCUGUGUCUCAGAGCUUAUCUCCAGGACUGUUGGAAGAGUGGCUGGUGGGAUACAGUUUCUGGGAGGGCUGCUGAUUGGAUCUGGUUGCGCUUUGUAUCCUCUGGGCUGGAACAGUGAAGAAGUUCGACAAGCGUGUGGAAAUCUCUCAGCACAGUUUGAAUUGGGCAUGUGCAGAAUUGGAUGGGCUUAUUACUGCACCGGUGGAGGAGCGGCAGCCGCCAUGCUUAUCUGUACAUGGUUGUCCUGUUUCUCAGGAAAAAAGCAAAAGCAAUAUCCAUAUUAGAAGCCAUCUGGAAAGUGAGGAGCAGCACUCUGUUUUCUGAACCUAGUUUUGGAGCUUGCUGACCGGGACAAUUGACAAGUUGUAAUGACUUUGUGAUCUGACUCUGCGCCGGCAAGAACUUGAAAUGGAUAAAACGCAACUUGUGAAAACAGAAGUCUGGUUCUAAGUAAGGACGGUGUGUUGCGGACAGAGGACCACGAUGUUUGGUGGCCACAAUAAUGAUCUUGUUGGAUCCAGGUCUACAGUUGAUCAUUGCUGAUUGGUAUAAGCACAUAUAUAUAUAUGAAUAGCACAAAGGCAUUUGUUCCCAUAACCUUUGAUUAUUCCAUCUGUCAAAAAUGCCUACAAUUGCAUUCGUAUCUCACAGAAUGUGGUACAUUGGAGGACUUCUUCUCUCCUCUCUCUCGUUUUCAUGUUUUUCCUUAUGGUGGUCUCAGCACAGUAGUCCCAGAUAAGUUACUGUAUCUGAGAAUUCUCCAGUCCCACGACUGUUAUUUGGGUAUUAUUACAUAGUGCUGUAUCUACAUAAUAUGAAUAUGGACAGGUAGUGACAAUUAAGAAAAUUGGGUGAACAGAAACUGAGAAAACAUAAAAAAAAAAACUCCUGGAGUGGCUCGCAAAGCCUACUAUAAUUUAUCCAAAUUUCCCGACUUGUAGGAAACUUUUCACUAGUACAAUUCACUUUACAACGGUGAACUUAAAGGUUGCCAUUGUCACCGACUAAACCUACUCCUGUCUGUAAACCUUCCUACACUUGUAGCCUUGACAAGGAGCUGACCUCCUUAAUGCACUAGGCUGCCAAGGAUGGAUGUUGGCGUUGAUCUAUUCAGUACCUAGGUUACCAGAGAAGGUAGCAUUUACCCUUGAAUUACCCUAGACCACCUGGGAGGUUGAUAACCCUUUCACUAACCAAGAAUGCAGGGAUAUUAGACAAAGGACCCAUUAUCACACACCCUUUUCAUCCGGCCAUUACUUUAUCAGGUUUCUCAAGUUGUGAAAGGUCUUCUUUAUUAUAGCUUUUUGUGCAUUGAAAUAAUAGGUCAAUAUGUUUUUGGGGGGUCAGUACAGAAGUGCAUAGGGUUAUAACGGUUCAUCCUAUUGCUUUAGCAAAAUGGGACUUUGAAGUGGUUACAUGGGUUGUUUCAAGUAAUGGGACCUGCUUCUGCAAGCCCCUCUGAAGGCCUCCAGGUAGGUCCAGGAGAACCACAGAGCUCAUGCUAGUUUUCCCUGUAGUGACGUAUGCAGUAGCCCCUUUUUAUAUGCUACAUGUUGUUAAGCGGGUUGUCCCACGAAAAAUUAUAUACAUUUUUCAAACCCGCACCUGGAUCUAGAUUGCGUUAUUCACUGAAAUGUAUCGGUAUAGCGCCACCUGCUGUUUGCCCUUUUUCUAAAUUCUCUGUCCAGCUCACUGAGGUUGACCUAUAUGGUCAGUUCCAACCUUCAACUGCCAGCAGCUGCAGCAUACAGGACGCGCCCUUUGAACUGCCAGCUUAAAAUAAAUCUAGCAGAGCAAUUACAGCAAUGAAUGGGGAAAUUUCUGGAUCCAUGUCAGGUACAGGGCUGGUUUACCAAGAGGAGGCUGUUAUGUACUACAUGAUGUCUGAUUUUCAUUUUUUACAUUACUCAUGGGAUAACCCCUUUUACAUGGAUGUAUUCUGCAAUCCAGCACAACCCUGUUACAGACCUACCAAUUAGGUAAAGAUGCCUAAAAAUGUUACCAACCUGUAUGAAUAUAUAAAUGACCAUAUAAAAGCCAUGAAUCCUUUAAACUUGUGGCUCAAUAAAUUAAUUCCUGAUAAAUACAAGAAAAAUAUCCCAAACUUUUACGUCAAUUACUUCCAUGCAUUCCACAUGUAGCGGACCUUCAAGACCAUGUCUAGUAGACAUCUCACACUUUGUCAGGAAACCCUUCUCUGUAGAGUCUUGCCCUUUACUCCGCUCUAUAUGGAACCUUCCCCCGAGCUUUUCUUAAAUGUCGAUCAGGUAAAAGCCAUAGCCUCCUUCCUCCCAUCACUGGAAUAACAUGAAAACCCGAGAGACUUCCCUCUUUAACCCCUCCAUUUUCUGAAUCUCCUCUGUGCUACUAUGUCCUCCGAAAAACAGAGGAGCUUCGUGUUCAGUAUUAUUUUUCCUUUUUGCUGCAUAUAUUAUGUAAAAUAUUCAUUGGACCAGUAAGCACCCUUUAUAACCACUUCAGUUUUAUGUGCACAAGUGAUGAUAGGAGCCGAUAUUGCAUUAUCUUUUAUUUUAUCGUACAUAUUUUAUCAUAUUCCAGCAAUAUUCUAUCACAUGAUUAUAGUUUUGAUUGCUCUUGCAAAUGCAAUAUCCUGAUGUUUUGUCAGCGGACCCUCAGUAAUCUCUUAGAAUACCCUCUCACAUACAUGGCUUAUGUUCUACAUGUCAUAGAGAUCACGCGUGUGGUGUAGUUGCCAUGCCUUUUUUUGGGCUAUUUAACGUUUACUAUCAUUUUUUUAACGACAAGGUAGUAUGUUUGUAUUUAAAAAGGUAUAAACCCUGUAUAUACUGUACAAGCUUCUUAUACCAUGGUUUGUAGAGUAAAACAAUAAAGUACUCUAGUACUUUUUAUAGAA